CUUGCUGUUACACCCCGCCCCGCGAACAAAUAUUUGACAUUCCUGGCUUAUCUUGAGGGGGCGGGGCCCGAAGAGCGACGUUUCCUCCUCCCCCGAGCCUGAUUGGCUUAGCGCUUUCAGGGGUGGGGACAAGCUGGCAGGACUGGGUGGGCGGUCCAGAGACCCGCUGCCUCAGCGGCCGGCGGAUACCUGCGUACCCCAAGGUGAAACGCUGGUCGACUGAAUCCGCUAGAACUGUCUACUUCCUACUCUCUCCAGGCCACCGUGUCCCAGCGCGAGUCACUUCCGUCCCGGGCGCCUCAGUCUCUUUAUUCGUCAAGUGGGGACUCACUGCAGUGUGGGUUUAGUGGGCAAAGCCUCGGAGGUCUCCCUCCACCCCCGGGUCUUCUGCUCUCUCCAUUGUCUGACGGUCCGGACACAGCGCCCUGCUUUUCCGAAACCGCAGGUGCGGCUCCCGCCUGUUUCAGCUCGGUUUUGGCAACCCCAUGUCUUUGUUCCUGACGGGCUGGAGUGCCUUCUUCCCGCCGGAUUCUUACUCAGUUUCUCAGUCACAUAAAUGAGAGAAUUUGGGGAAAUCCGGGGCGGCCUGGAGACGCGCAGCAAAGGAGCCUCACCAAGAUGGACGGGUAGAAAGGGUGCUGGGAGCGCUGCGCGCGGGACUGUCCGAAUUAGGAUGUUGGUCCGGGUUGAAGAGGAUCUGUAGCCCGCACGCGCACUUGACACAUUUGCCGCUAGUCCCCACCCGCCAGCGCGCUCACAUCUCCAGGCAACAGGCCCGUCGUCAAGGGGGUAGGGCGACAAAAACAGGAGUCCCCACGUAGGGUAGGGGUGAGGCUCCAGAGCCGGACUAUCUGGUUUAGCCUCAUCUUAAGUGCCUCUCUCGGGAGUUGGGGGGUUGCCUCCUCCUUCCUCAGCACCGAAGCCUGCGUACCUCGGACCGCUCUUUGGCACCGCGGGCACCUCCUGGAGUCAAACUAAGGUCCGGUCUUCACAACUGUAUGAACAAGCCCUGCCCUGUGACCUCUGAAUGACCCCUCCCCCCACGGCUCUAAUGAUCUCUGGUGACCCCCGCCCCUGUCCCCCCUCAGUUGACCUCUGGUGAUUCCCCCACAGGCCUCUGGGUGAUACCUGGUAACUCUCAUCGCCUCCUUUGACCCUUAGUGACUUACUUCUGUCAUUCCUAGACCGGUCGUCGUGACCCCCACAGCCCUUAGACUGCCUCCUGGUGAUUUUCACAAGUCCCAUGUAAUCCUUAGGACUAGAGAAGGUCUCUGGUUUUGCCCUUUCCUUGGCGGAGGCCUCAUGGAGAGGGAAGGCGGAGAAGGAUGGGGAUGGGGUCGUCUCAGAAGUCAGCUGGCUGGGGAAAUGGGAGUCCGGGACCUAAGCUCGCGCCCAGGCCGGGCGAGUGAGUGCGCCGGUCCUGCGCUAGGUCCUAGCGGCCCUCCCCCAAGGCUCCCGGGGCCGCCCUCGGUCACGUGGCCCUCAGGGCCGACAGGUAACUCGCCCAGAGAGGGCGGGGGCCGGUAGCUGCCCCGCCUCGCGGGGCGCCGCGGGCGGGUCUCAGCAGCGCCCACUGCGCCAGCCGGGCCGUAGGUGCCGCCCCCAACACACGGUGUCCCGCCCAAGCUGAUCCGCGUCUGCCGUCGGUCGGUGCGUGCGUGCGCCUCGUCGGUCCGCGUGUGUGUGGCCGAGCGCCCCCUUUCUCUGCGGCCAUGACUCCGCCGCCACCCCAGCCACCGCCCCCGGGUCCGAACCCCGACGCAAACUCCACCACCGACCUCCGCCCAGAGCCUGGACCCCUGGUCGUACUGUUCGGGGCCACGGCGGGUGCGCUGGGGCCAGACUUGGGUUCCGACGAAACCGACUUAAUACUCUUAGUGUGGCAAGUGGUGGAGCCGAGGAGUCGCCAGGUGGGGACGCUGCACAAAUCACUGAUUCGUGCCGAGGCGGCCGCACUGAGCCCCCAGUGCCGCGAAGCAAGUGGCCUGAGCGCCGACAGCCUGGCGCGGGCGGAGCCGCUGGACAAAGUGCUGCAGCAGUUCUCACAGCUGGUGAGCGGGGAUGUGGCUCUGCUGGGCGGGGCCCCCUACGUGCUCUGCACUGAUGGGCAGCAGCUGCUGCGACAGGUCCUGCACCCCGAGGCCUCCAGGAAGAACCUGGUGCUCCCCGACACCUUCUUCUCCUUCUACGACCUCCGCAGAGAGUUCCAUGUACAGCACCCGAGCGCCCGUCUUGCCAGGGACCUCACUGUGGCCACCAUGGCACAGGACUUGGGGCUGGAGACAGAUGCCACAGAGGACGACUUUGGGGUAUGGGAAGUGAAGACAAUGGUAGCUAUCAUCCUCCACCUGCUUGAAGAGCCGAGUGGUCAAUUGUUUUCGAAGCCCGAGGUGAUAAAGCAGAAAUAUGAGACAGGACCUUGCUUUGACCCUGUGCCUUGCCCACACAGCAGCAAGGCUGACGUGGUGGAUAGUGAGACAGUGGUUCGGGCCCGUGGGCUGCCCUGGCAGUCAUCAGAUCAGGACGUGGCUCGUUUCUUCAAAGGGCUCAACAUUGCCAGGGGUGGUGUAGCACUCUGCCUCAACGCCCAGGGCCGCAGAAAUGGCGAGGCCCUCAUCCGCUUUGUGGACAGCGAGCAGCGGGACCUAGCGCUGCAGAGACACAAGCACCACAUGGGUGUCCGCUAUAUCGAGGUAUAUAAAGCGACAGGAGAGGAAUUUGUAAAGAUUGCAGGGGGCACAUCACUAGAGGUGGCACGUUUCCUGUCACGGGAAGACCAAGUGAUCCUGAGGCUGCGGGGACUGCCCUUCUCGGCUGGGCCAGCAGAUGUGCUGGGCUUCCUGGGGCCCGAGUGCCCAGUGACUGGGGGUGCCGAUGGGCUGCUCUUUGUACGCCACCCUGAUGGCCGGCCCACUGGUGAUGCCUUUGCACUUUUUGCCUGUGAGGAGCUGGCACAGGCUGCACUGCGCAGGCACAAGGGCAUGCUGGGUAAGCGAUACAUUGAACUCUUCAGGAGCACUGCAGCUGAGGUGCAGCAGGUCCUGAACCGCUAUGCAUCCAGUCCACUCCUUCCUACACUGACUGCUCCACUGCUGCCCAUCCCCUUCCCAUUGGCAGCUGGGACUGGGAGAGAUUGUGUACGCCUUCGAGGCCUGCCCUACACAGCCACCAUCGAAGACAUCCUUAGCUUUCUGGGGGAGGCAGCAGCUGACAUUCGGCCCCAUGGUGUGCACAUGGUGCUCAACCAGCAGGGCCGGCCAUCGGGCGAUGCCUUCAUCCAGAUGACGUCAGCAGAGCGAGCCUUAGCUGCUGCUCAGCGUUGUCAUAAGAAAGUGAUGAAAGAACGUUACGUGGAGGUGGUCCCCUGCUCCACAGAGGAGAUGAGCCGUGUGCUGAUGGGGGGCACUUUGGGCCGCAGUGGCAUGUCCCCUCCACCCUGCAAGCUGCCCUGCCUCUCGCCACCUGCCUACGCCACCUUCCAGGCCACCCCAACACUCAUUCCCACUGAGACAGCAGCUCUCUAUCCCUCUUCGGCACUGCUCCCAGCUGCCAGGGUACCCGCUGCCCCCACCCCUGUUGCCUACUACCCAGGGCCAGCCACUCAACUCUACAUGAACUACACAGCCUAUUACCCCAGCCCCCCAGUCUCCCCCACCACUGUGGGCUACCUCACCACGCCUCCUGCUGCCCUGGCCUCCGCUCCCACCUCAGUGUUGUCCCAGCCGGGAGCCCUGGUCCGCAUGCAGGGUGUCCCAUACACAGCUGGUAUGAAGGAUCUGCUCAGCGUCUUCCAGGCUUACCAGCUAGCCCCUGAUGACUACACCAGCCUGAUGCCUGUUGGUGACCCACCUCGCACUGUGAGAACCAGUGCCCUCAACCUGGUGGCUUCUUUCUGGCUUGUCCAAGCUCUCAGAAGGCACCCAGAGGAGCUCAAGCCCCAACUCCAUCCCCUACUUAAUUGCUCUGCUGUUCACCCCAAAGAUGAUGGCUGGACCCUGUGUGCAGGGCUGGGGAUGCAAUGGUGCUACCCUACUCCCAAUGGCCUGAUCUGCGCCUCUUGAGUAGUACCCAGAGAGCCUUUGAUCUGUUCUGGCUAUGGCCCAUGCCCACAGAUUCUGUGCAGCUGCCGUCCAUAGCAGGCUUGCCUUUUUAAAAACAUAAGCCCUGGUGCCUUCAAUGCAUGACUCCUGGGAGCUUCUCAAUAGAGAUCCCAAUGGUGGGGUCAGAGAAACAGAAAGCAUUGGCCCCAGCCCCUAGGAUACUUGGACCUCGGUGGCCACGUUGUGUCGGGUGAUCUCACCUAAGGAUGCUAGCCCCUCCAACAUGGCUUAAGGAGUAUCAGAUGGCAAAACCACAGACUGUUUUGAUGGACUGUACUGCAGUAUCCCCAGAAGACACUAGGGGGCAGGAGGCCCUCACGUAAAAACUCAGGCUUGACUUUUAAAGGGGACUUUCUGCCUACUUUUCAUCCACACCUCGGUUAGGCCAGUUAUCCUGAACUCAGCAUACACCGUGGAAUGUCCUUGCACCCAUUACAGGGUGCAGAACUGAAGCUUCGGAAAGAAUUUGGAACUCUACCCUCUCCUCCAUAAAAUAAACAAAGGCUCCUAACCUUGUGGACUUUUUAAAAGCCGAAGUGCCCUUAGCUUUGGCCCCCAAAGUGAGGGGCUCCACACCAGCCCCAGACGGAGGAAAACUCAGGCAGAUUUCAAGGAGACUGUUGACCUGUCACCGUUUAUUAUUUCAGCACUGUAACUGAGGAGCCUGAAUUGCUGGCUCUUCCCUUUGUAUCUGUGUAAGGAGCACUGUACUCCUAUAAAAGAUUUUAAAAUACAAAACGUACAAGAAAACACAA